UGUUGACACCUGCCACAAGUCGCGCGGCCGCCGGCGCGAGCGGACGUGUGUGUUGUGUCUCCCCUGUGACACUUGUGACGCCUGUGACGUAUGUGGAAUACUGUGAGGAGUUUGGCCUACGAUGAUGAGUAAAAUGCUUGCACCACGGCCGGACAUCCAUCAUGUGAGUUCGACAUGAAUCUGAGCAGCUUCGUCCUCUACAUCGCUAGCCUGCUCUGGCUUGACUUCACGGAUGCUAAAAUUGGCUACUUCUGGCACAUAACCGAUCUUCAUUAUGACCCGUUCCACAACUCCCAGGAGUUCCAUAGAGGAUGCAAGCACAAUCGCGGUAACAGCGAGCACAGCCAUCGGAAUGGGCGACACCGCGACCACACGUGCGACAGCUCGUGGCCGCUCAUACAGAGCGCCGCCGCUUUCAUGGCCGAGCGACACCCGGACACGCUGGAAUUCGUGCUCUGGACAGGGGAUAUUCUGUCAUCUUCGAUGGAGCACCUUACCGAGGAGAUCAAGUUAGAAGCAGUUCGGAACGUGACUGACGUGCUGAGCAGGACCUUCAGCAGUCAGUUCGUGUUCCCAGCGUUGGGUCACAACGACCCCCCGCCGUCGCGACGGUUGGUCGACAUGUGGAUGCAGUGGCUCCCCACGGAGGCACUACAGACUUUCAUUACAGGUGGUUACUACACUAUCGAACAGUCUCAUAGCAAGUUGAGAAUAAUAGUGUUGAACAGUGUUCUGUGGGCGGGCGGAGCCGCUAAGACCGAGGGGCCGCACAAAGGUCGCGCUCAGUGGGAGUGGCUCGAACACGUGCUAAGUAAAGCGAGGAGAAAAAGUGAAAUGGUGUACAUAGUAGCGCACGCAGGCCCAGGUGUAGAGGAGCGUCACACCGCUGGAAGUUCCACCGCUGCGGGUGGAGGGGAGCUCACCCCCACCGCCAACGCGCGGCUGCUGCACGUCAUACGCGCCUUCAGUGACGUCAUCGCGGGGCAGUUCUACGGGCACAGACACGCGGACACGUUUAGACUUAUAUAUAGUGAAGGUCGUCCAGUAUCCUGGGCGCUCUUGACCCCUUCCGUCACCCCACGAGGUGCUGGCAGCAUGUCCAACCCUGGCCUAAGACUGUACAAAUUCGACUCCAAUAAUGGAAAAGUGUUGGACUACACCCAGUAUUAUUUAGACGUGAGCCACCCGCAGGGGGAGCUGCACUGGGCGGUGGAAUACAACGUGACACAGUACUAUGGCCUGCGGGAGAUAAGCCCCGCGUCGCUCGACACGCUCGCCGAGAAAAUACGCCACGGCCACGAUAGGAGCUUACUGACCAAAUAUCUAACAGCGUUACGCGUCCGUCACGUAACGGACACGGAGUGCGACACGGCGUGCGUCCACGUGCACUACUGCGCCAUCACGCGCGCGGACUUCCACGAGUUCCGGACGUGCGUGCGGAACCCGGCGUCCGCGCUGGCGUCCCGCGCGCCGCAUAAAUCCGCCGCCAUGUUGUUGUACGCCAUCUUGAUUUUAAUAUCUUCCUAGGCUUCAUGAAGUUGCGGUGGGUUUCAUUGUUUCAACUGCCUUAGGUGGGGCGAAGAGCACCGUAGGGUUAUAGUGGGCUGAACCCGCGCCUGGGGAAUCCAAACUUCGGCUGAUGUCCCCAAUCCGCCGGGGAUACUUACCUGAAGCAUUUUCUCACAAAAAAGCCCCUUAGUAAUUAGCCUCUCCCACACUCCUACUCGGUACCGAGAAGAGGGUGAAGCACUUAUAAGGCAAGGACACACUCAAGAAUCAGCCUCUCCAUUUUUAAUUUGACUGUUGAGUGUGAAGCUUCCUUAAUAAAUUAAUUAUUAUUAGUUCUCAGAUGAUACUUGUUCCUCCAUAUGAUAGUGCGUUAUUUAUGUAAAUACGAAUUAUUAUUUAUUGAAACAUCAUCCCAAGAAUGAUCUUGAGCCUAAUGUUAGCGAUGAGAGCGGUUUAUUAUUACACACCCUAACGCUAAAAAAGUGUAAUGAUAAAGUAUCUGCGACACAGUAGCGUGUUGCCAAGUCGCAAGCUUACGUUUUUGUGGAUAAAGACAAGAACAGUAUUAUUUCUCGCGUUAAAACUACUAAUCUACAAAAAUUUUACCUUUGGUUCUAAUGAGUUAGUGACUACAUCUGAAGUUUAGCAUUAUUAUUAGAUGUACAUCUACGAAAGCUACACAAGUUUUGGAGUUUCGUGUUUUUAUGUUCGGCUUUGUAAUAUUUUCCUGUUAAUAUAGUUAUUUUUCUAGACAUAUCAACUGUGCAUUUAUAGUAGGUAACUAUUAUAAUCCAUAUAGGUAAUACUUAAAAACAAUAAUUGUUAGGUAAAUCAGCUUCUUUUUAGAUGAGCUGCCUGGAACUUCAGAUUUAAAGAUGUUAAAUUAGCCAACUAUUUAAAUGUACAUAUCAGGCUCUUCAUAAUAUUUUGUUUUUAAAUCGGCGUUCAGUUUUUGUUACUACCUACUCUUUUGACCAUUUUAAGAUUGUAUUUUUACUUUGAUUGUAUUGUAAAUCAGCCUAUCAGACUCUUUUAAGCAAGAUUUUAAAAACAAUCAUAUAUACACUAAAUAAUAUUGUACAGUAGUUUUCAGCUAUUACGUAAUGUUAAAUAUUUUGAGAAUUAUAAG